GUCCAUCUCCUCCCACCCGUGCACAUAUGCACCGUAGGGAUUCCUGAGAGACCCAUUGUGCUCUUCGGGACUAUACCGUGAUCGCUGGUGUUCGGGACUCGGGAGACGAUCGUCGCACGUGUAAUGAAUCGUGUUUCACGUAGUUAGUCUAAAAUCAACUGGAUAUCAGUGCGUGCAUCAUGAGCAAGUGUGUUAGAUUCAACAUGAACAAAAAAGACAGUGAGCAGACAAAGGAUGCAAAACUCACCGAGAAAAUCCACACCACUGCAAUUGCGAUCGAACCGAACGACCAGUAUGGAGCCUCAUACUUAAAAACCGGCAUCAUGCACGGUAUCAUGUUCGAGAUGAAAAUCUUGACUUGGGUUACAUGGAAGCUGAUGUGCCAGAGCGAUCCAAAAAUCGGCAGAUGGUGGUUGGCCACGGAGGUGUCUAAGGCGCGCGGAUUUCACGAUCUUGUCUUGAAAUAUAUCCCUCAUAAUACAGAAGCAGAUGGGAGCACUUCCGAAACAAAAUACAUGUAUCGUUUCGUGCAAAUUAGGCACAAGAGAUCUUUGCAGAAACAUGCCCAUAUUACUAGUUAUUACUUGACAUCCACAAAUAAAUUUCAUCGUCAGGGCAGUUUGAUUUAUUUGUUUAAAUCCUACGUGAAUAUGCUUGGCAACUUUGAGAAUAUUACGUCCGACCAGAUUGCAGAUCUGACGAUCUUUACAAAUAUGGAUAUAAACGCAUUUAGUUUCCUGGUGCCUGUGAACAACGACAAACUCUAUGGAUUCGAGGGAAAGGGCAAGAGAUAUCACAUUGACAUAAAAAUAUUGCAGAAGGAGCCAGGAAUAAUAAUACAGUUGUACAACAUUAAAAACGAUGAAAAAAUUAUAUUUGAUUUCUUGAAGAAAUUGGUGUUCAUGGUGUGCCAGCCCUCCGAGCACGAGAUGGAGAAGCUAAUCGUAGAAGAGAUGAGAAAGACCUUCAAUGUGCCGCAAAUUUUCUAUGAUAACUUGUACAAGAAUAUAAUCGAUUGGUUUCUCAUUUAUGACGAUGGCAAGGCGCCAUAUCUUACUGAGAACGACGUAACGAAGUACUUAAAGGAAACAGAAGCUACACUGGAAAAAGCGAAGGAGACGAAAACGUAUGUCGGUUCAUCAUCAGUUUCAAAAUUGUCGAAGAAAUUAAGAUUGUUAUCUCUAUGAAAAAAUAUACAACACUCGCAGAAGAAAUA